AUGAUCUUUUGUCUCUGCUGCUGCAGAGUUGCCAUUCCAGGUGGAGCUGCAGGAGGUGGCAGGCCUCUAGGUAAAGGGAUUGCUACUGGAGGUGGCGGGCCUGCAGCAAAUGGUGGUGGUGGAGGUGGCGGGCCUCGUGCUAUUGCCGGUAGUGCUGGUGGUGGUGGCGGACAUCCUAGAGGUGGUGUGGAGGCCAUCCAUUUCCAGCUACUGGAAUAUGAUGUUCUUGCACCAAUAGAUGAUGGUCAUGGAGGUCCUCCUCCACCACUACCACCAGUUGCAGCUGGUGGUGGUCAUGGAGGUCCACCACCACCACCAGGACAUGUUGCUGGUGGUCAUGGUCCUCCUUCACCACCACCACAACCACCACCAGUCGCACCGGUUGUAGCCGGCGGCCAUGGAGGUCCUCCACCACCACCACCGCCAGUUUCUGGUGGUUUUGGAGUACAUGAAAUUACCCUGAGGACCAAGAGGCCGUGGUGCUAG